UGGUUUUUUGUCUAUGGCUCGAAAAUUUGACAGCUUUCGUAUUGGUGAAGGCGGAAUAGAUUUAUUUCGUUUCUUAUUUUCAUGAUCUAUUACUUUUUAGUGUGUAAUACAUCUUCAAAAUAUGAUGUCCACUACAGAAGGAGAACUAGACAUCGAGGUAUCCCAUGAACGGGAAGAGGGAGAGUUGGAGGAUUCUGAUGUAGAAGAGGGUACUUAUAUACCGUUGACCCGUCCAGAGGCCUUCAACCCGCCUUCUCUGGUUAAUAUGCAAAUACAAGACGAGCAGAGUGACGAGGCGUCGUCUCACGAGUCGACGGCAUCGGACUCGGACGAGGAGCCGCGGCGUCGGCCCAAGCGCACUAAGCUGCGCCUGCGCCGGCCCCAGCCCCAGGGCCAGCCGGACAAAAAAGACAAAUACAAUGUUUGGUGCAAGGCUUUGCAGGAGGAUCUGUUAACAGAAGACAUGGUCAGCUGUGAUGUUACAAAAAAAAGCGAUUAUGGUGUUGAAUCUUAUGACUACACAAUUAAGUAUAGAUUAGACGAUAAUUAUAUCUCUAAGAAAGUAUUUACAAAUGAUAAAGACUUAGAUGUCGAUCGCACAUCAAAUAAGCGGAGGCAUGUGGACCGGACUAAUGUUAAGCUGAGGUUAGGCAAACGAUUCAAUGCCCACCAGGAGAUGAGGGCAAAAGAAAAGCCACGGUAUUUGCCAGAUUUAGUCAUGACGUCGCAAGAUCCUAUCGAUCAAAUUGCCAAUGAAAUAGCUGUAAACUUGGAUGAAGAAAAGAAGGAAUUAGUUGUAAGGAUUGUACAAGUAUUAGGUGCACACAAAGCUAUGGAAAUAUACAAAGACACACAGAGGGUUGAAGCAGAUGGUGGGAUGCUUGUUAUGAAUGGUACACGUCGUCGCACGCCAGGGGGUAUUUACUUCUUCCUUCUAAAGCGCGACAACGACGUCUCCCAAGAGAUGGUGAACCAGAUCUUCAUAGAGGACCGUAAAGAAACCGUGCGUAAGAUCAAGAAGUCCAGGGCGAAGACCCGCCAGAAGGUCAUGGAGCAGCUUAAACAGAGUCUCACUGAUUCCGAGCUCCCCUCGUUACUAUCCAGAGGCGAAGCGACCGUCCAAUCUGAACACGGCUCGAACCCGCCGCCGUCGCCCGCCACCGAUGCGCGGGAGUGUUCCAGCGACACCGAUGCGCACGAUCUCGACGCAGCCUCCCCCGCGCGACCCCUCUCCCCCCUUCCCGACCGGACCGGCCGCAACAUUCAAGAAUACGAAGACGACGACUUCCUCGAAGUCAUGUGCAACGACGAUAUGGACUUGUUCUAAUUGGUGCCCACUUUAACGCUGCUAGUUGGUAAGUCGAACCGUUUCGGAUGAGUGGCCGAUGUACGUCACUGUUAAGGGUUAGUGAAACGCCUGAUGGACCUUUUCGCGAGGCCUAAGAACUGACUGAUCCAGUCUUAAAUUUUAGAUAGAUUUUCUAAAUUACUGUGACUAAAACUAAAUUUUGAAAUAGGCCCAAAGUUAAACGCGACAUUGGUGAUGUUAAAAUUAAAACUUGCCAAAAUUCAGAUGUUACAGUCUCGAAUGUUAGCGUUGCAAGCUGCGAUGCCUGUGUAUAAGGCUGAAUGCCCUUACUCUGAAAUCUAUAAUAGUUACCUAGAAUAAGUCUUGAUUUUACACCUUUAUAAAUAAAGGGCUUCUGUAUUUAUUUUAUUA